UCCGGGAAAUUCAAAAUUGUUUUUCACUUUCAAAACCACUCGCCUGCCACAAUUGCCAAAAUUCUUCUGACGCUGGAGUUUCUAUUUUUGAGAUUCUCCGAAUUCUAAUUAUAAACGCUGGCAGCUGAAAUGUUUUCUUUCUGCUGCCGAACGUGGGUAAUUUUAGCUUGCUUGCUGUAUGCAACCAGGCUUACUAGGUCUAAAAAGGUCAAAUUUGUGAGUGUCCUAACCAAGUUUUUUCAUUGUCAAAGUCAGAGCUCUUGUGAUAUGGCCAGCAACUUCGAAAAACUGGUAAAGACUUGGAAACUGGGCAAAAUUGACUAUGCCAGGGCUUUAAGGCUGCAAGAGCACGUCUCCUCGCUUCAUAACGACUCCAAAAACCACGUAAAGAAUACCUUGCUGUGCUUAGAACACUACCCUGUUUACACUAUAGGGCUACGCACUAAACAGUACGAUUUGAACGAGGAAGUUAAACUGAGAAACACCGGAGCAGAUUUCCACAAAACCAACAGAGGAGGCCUAAUAACCUUUCAUGGGCCAGGACAACUAGUUGUUUACCCCAUUUUAAACUUAAAGCACUUUACGCCUAGUAUGAGAUGGUAUGUGUGCCAAAUCGAGAAAACCAUCAUACGUUUAUGCGAAAAGUUCGGGCUCAAAGCUGAAACCUCGCCGGACACUGGAGUGUGGAUUGGCAACAACAAGAUAUGUGCCAUAGGAAUACAUGGAAGUCGCUUCAUAACAACCCAUGGUUUGGCUUUGAAUUGCAACACAGACCUGACUUGGUUUGAUAAUAUUGUCCCUUGUGGCCUCAUAGGCAAAGGAGUUACCAGUUUAACCAACGAGCUGAAACAGAACGUAUCAAUCGAGGAAGUUUUGCCGAAGUUUAUCGAAAGUUUCUGCGAAACUUUCGAGUGUGAUUGCACGGAAAUUGAUCGGGCAGAAGUGGAUAGAAUCAAUCAGUCCUUAGAUGUGCAAACCGAUUCGGACUAGCAUUCACAGUUCUUGAUUUUAUUCACGCAAAAUCCUGGCAGUUGCAUUCCUUUCAGCAGCACAUCCGAACAACUCUGAAAAUCAAAUACAUACAUACCUUGAAGCGGCGAUUUUCGGGAAAAUAAUCGGCUAGUUUUUACCUCACAAGCGGAGCACAUCUGCGAGAAGCAAUAGAACAGGAUGAACCAAAUGGCACAGAAUCCUGCUAUGGGAAACGCGAAAGUAAGCAAGACAAGGAACCAGAGAAUGCCGCCCAAAACGUUUGCCAUUUCUCAAAAAAAUUCUAGAAGUGACGUUGGGUUAAUAGCUGGUGUUUUGCAAAGGUUUUAUGACGUUGAUGAUUGAGUUUGUCCCAGGAAACAUUCGUUGAAAAAAGUAGAACCGCCCUUAAAGAUGGUAAAUUUUCACAUAUUUUGUCGGCGCUCAUUUAUACAGCUUUUAAGCGUUUUUUGCUUCAAUGAAAGUUUUUAACGAGAAGAAAAUCUAAAGCUCUGGGCCUUAACCGUUUAAUUACAGACAUUUAAAAACAUUUUUAAUAUGUUUUUCCCAUGUAUUCCAAGUGCUCGGUCAUACAAAUAAAUAAAUCACUAUUUUAAACACC